AUGGCUCGCCGCCGCCUCCUCCUCCUCCUCGCCUUCCUCUUCUCCACUGCCGCGUUCUGCUCGCCCGACGCCUCCGCCGCUGAGGAUCCGCUCAUCGAACAGGUGGUCGGUGACGGCGCAGACGACGAGCUGGAGCUGAACGCGGAGGCGCACUUCGCGAGCUUCGUCUGGCGGUUCGGCAAGACCUACCGCGACGACGAAGAGCGCGCGCACCGGAUGUCCGUGUUCAAGGCUAACCUUCUCCUCGCGCGGCGCCACCAGCGGCUCGACCCCACGGCGGUGCACGGGGUCACCAAGUUCUCUGACCUCACCCCCGCCGAGUUCCGGCGGCAGUUCCUCGGCCUCCGCCGCCGCUCCUCCAGACGGGACCUGCUCAAGGGGUCGGGGUCGGGGUCGGCGCAUGAGGCGCCUAUCCUCCCCACCGACGGCCUCCCGACCGACUUCGACUGGCGUGAACACGGCGCCGUCGGACCCGUCAAGGACCAGGGUUCCUGCGGGUCGUGUUGGUCGUUCAGCACAUCUGGGGCGCUGGAGGGGGCGCACUACCUCGCCACCGGCAAGCUCGAGGUGCUCAGCGAGCAGCAGAUGGUCGACUGUGACCACGAGUGUGAUCCAUCAGAACCGCGCUCAUGUGACUCAGGAUGCAAUGGUGGCUUGAUGACUACAGCUUUCAGCUAUCUCCAGAAAGUUGGUGGCCUAGAGAGAGAGGAAGAUUAUCCGUACAAUGGGAGGGACAGCACCUGCAAGUUUGACAAGUCCAAAAUAGUUGCCCAAGUGAACAAUUUCAGUGUUGUAUCUGUUAAUGAAGACCAAAUUGCUGCUAAUUUGGUUAAACAUGGUCCACUCGCAAUUGGUAUCAAUGCAGUCUUCAUGCAGACAUAUAUUGGUGGUGUGUCAUGCCCAUACAUUUGUGGAAGGCAUCUGGAUCACGGUGUUCUUUUGGUUGGCUAUGGAUCGGCUGGUUAUGCGCCAAUCCGCUUCAAGGAAAAGCCAUACUGGAUUAUAAAGAACUCCUGGGGUGAGAACUGGGGUGAGAAUGGAUACUACAAGAUUUGUAGGGGUCCACAUGUGCAAAAUAAGUGCGGUGUUGAUUCCAUGGUCUCUACUGUGACUGCCAUUCACAGCUCUAAGAAGGAAUAG